AUGUCCGAUCCGCCUGUUUCAUCAUCACCUCCGCCCUUUGCGCCUCCGCCCCGCAAUACCCCAGCCGCCGCCAGCUCGAUCCGCCGCCGGGGCCUCUCCGCGCGCGCCGCAACUUUUAUAGAAGGCUCCUCGACCGACUGGGGGGCACAGCGCCGCAAUUCAACGCUAUCAGACUCAAUAUCUGAGGCGCGCAAUUCUAUUCGAUCGUCUACCGAUGAUUUGUUUCUCCCGCGAGUCUCUAGGGAUCAAGAUGACGCCAUUGCCUCAGAGGAGUCGCAUUGGCACUCUGCACCGCUGGUGUUAGCGCUUUUACCUGCUAUUGCGGGAAUUUUCUUUCACAAUGGAAGCUCUUUCGUCACGGAUGUGACCUUGUUAGUGCUGGCUGCUAUCUUUCUCAAUUGGUCCGUUCGGUUGCCAUGGGACUGGUAUCGCUCAGCACAGGCAAAUCAACGGGAACGUGAUACCUUCAAUCCCAUCGCGGCAGAGCUUGCCGAGGUUGAUGAGAAUGAAGAAGCCAUAGACUCGCAAGCCGACAGCCCAAACCCUGAAAAGCACCUGCGAGCCGUAGCAGAAGCAAAAGCUAUCAAAGAACUUCAGAUCCACGAGCUAAUCGCCCUCGGUUCAUGCUUCGUCUUCCCAGUCAUUGGCACCUGGCUCCUACAUGCCAUCCGAUCCAGCCUCUCUCGACCUUCGGAAGGUCUAGUCUCAAACUACAACCUCACCAUAUUCCUCCUCGCAGCCGAGAUACGCCCAUUCGCCCAUCUUCUCAAGCUCGGCCAAGCACGAACCCUUCACCUCCAACGCGUUGUCGCCUCAAACUACGAGGACGAUAUUAACAGCGAGAAAGUCCUCGAUCUCAGCAAGCGCCUCGAAGAACUGGAAGCGCACGUUGCCGAAGCCGCUGCUGCCCGUUUCGCGUCAUCAUCCUCCUCAGAUACAAAAGAUACCCCAGACCUGAUCACGCAGGCCGUAGUCGAAUCCCGCCGAGCCCUCGGCCCAGACAUCGAAGCUCUCAACCGCGCAGUGCGCCGCUACGAGAAACGUACAGCCCUCACAGCCCUCCAAACGGAUACCCGAUUUCAACAACUCGAAGCGCAAACGCGCGACGCAAUUGCCCUCGCUGCAGCUGCGCAACGCGCGAGUCAAAAUCGUCGCCAGAGCUACGCUUUCACUCUCAUCGAUUGGGCCUGCGCUUGUGUCGUUAUUCCCACCCAGAUCGCGUUUUCUAUCUUUAAUAUCCCCGGGCGCAUUGCCUCUCGCUGUAUGCUCGCUGCACAGCGGAUGUUUGGUCGUUCACAGCCUAGUCCCCAACCGCGUUCGAAAAGUGGUAAGGGCAAAUCUAGAGCGGUCGCUGGAUCAAAGUAUACGUCGCAGGCUGCCCAGGCUAAAUCAUCGGCCGUUUCUCCUGGAAGGAAUUCCCAGCAGCAGCAGUCUUUUGAAUCUGUAUGGGGAGCUGUGCGGUAG